AUGUACGAUGUGGUGAUGACGAGGUAUACACCUCGUGCGUUCCCAAUUGCCAAACAACCUGUAGAGGAGUACAAGAGUGCACCGUGCAGGCCACGAUGUGCAAGCCAGGUUGUAUCUGUAAGGAUGGUUACAGACGUAACGGGCAUGGAAAUUGUGUGCUGCCAAAGCAGUGCUAUAAAGACCCUGGAUGUAAACGUAAUGAAGCCUGGAGCAAAUGUGCGACGUGUGAACGAAAAUGUUCUGUUACAACUACGGUACAUGUACAAUGUGGUGAUGACGAGGUAUACACCUCGUGCGUUCCCAAUUGCCAAACAACCUGCAGAGGAGUACAAGAGAGAAGGCACAUCAAAGCAGCGCUUUUUGAGUUCUGGAUGGUUCCGACAAGCGAGACGAAGUGAGAAUUUUCAGUGCACAGUGCAGGCCACGAUGUGCAAGCCAGGUUGUAUCUGUAAGGAUGGUUACAGACGUAACGGGCAUGGAAAUUGUGUGCUGCCAAAGCAGUGCUAUAAA